AUGGCUACCAUGGAGAAUUACCAGAAGAUCGAGAAGAUCGGGGAGGGAACCUACGGCGUCGUCUACAAGGCCCGCGAGCUCACCCACCCGAACCGUAUCGUCGCCCUGAAGAAGAUCCGACUCGAGGCCGAAGACGAAGGCGUUCCCAGCACUGCUAUUCGCGAGAUAUCCCUGCUCAAGGAAAUGAAUGACCCCAACAUCGUCAAGCUCUUCAACAUCGUGCAUGCCGAUGGACACAAACUCUACCUCGUUUUCGAAUUCCUCGAUCUCGACCUCAAGAAGUACAUGGAGGCACUGCCGGUCAGCGAGGGUGGAAGAGGAAAGGCUUUACCAGACGGUUCUUCUCUCAGCAAGAACCUCGGAUUGGGCGAGGCAAUGGUCAAAAAGUUUAUGGCACAAUUGGUCGAGGGCAUCCGCUAUUGUCACAGUCACAGGAUUCUGCAUCGUGACCUCAAGCCACAAAACUUGUUGAUUGACCGUGACGGCAAUCUCAAGCUCGCAGAUUUCGGAUUGGCUAGGGCCUUCGGUGUGCCUCUGCGAACCUACACUCACGAGGUCGUGACGCUCUGGUACCGUUCCCCUGAGAUUCUUCUCGGUGGCCGCCAGUACUCGACUGGUGUCGACAUGUGGUCUUGCGGUGCUAUCUUUGCUGAAAUGUGCACCCGCAAACCUCUCUUCCCCGGAGACUCCGAGAUCGACGAGAUCUUCAAGAUCUUUCGACUUCUAGGCACACCAGAUGAGACCAUCUGGCCCGGUGUCACCUCGUUCCCUGACUUCAAGCCCACCUUCCCUAGGUGGAAGCGAGAGGAGUCACAUAACCUGGUUCCCGGUCUUGACGAGGAUGGCCUCGACCUUUUGGAGGCCUUGCUCGAGUACGACCCGGCCCGGCGAAUCUCGGCCAAGCAGGCUUGCAUGCAUCCCUAUUUCCAGCACGGCAGCUCGUACUACUCCGGGCGCACACGCCGAAAUGGGUUUCACUGA